CACGCGUCCUUCCAUCCUGAAAACUCGAUGGGGUGCUAUGAACAAAACAUUGAUUUUCCCCAGUUACCUACAUUUUGCGCCACAAGAAAUGAUCGACCGAUUCUUCAUUGAAUAUUAUAUCAAUAAGUGGUGAUACGAGAUAAGAGAUUAUUUUUAAUAUGAUCACUGAAAACGAAAAUGGUCAGAAUCAUCCCAUUGUCAACGAAUUCAGCGUGGUAGUGACAGUUGUCAAGAUUGUGAUUUUUGCGAUAUUUUUGUUGCCCUUAGCUCAGUAUUCCAUAGAUAUGAAAACUGAUGGAAUAGAUCCAAAUUCGAUAGAAGUGAGUAAUAAUACCAUCACAACUGGUAGCAUAGUAAAUGUUGAACCCACGGUAAAUGUAAGUGAAAAAAUCAAGGCUGACUUUGUGAAGAGAAGGUUGCCUGCCCAACCAUCUUGUCCAACUUUAGAUAAAAUGAAAAUCUUGAAGGACAUUUGUGAGGAGUUGAGGAAAACACAUGAUAUUUGUACUCCUGAAGACAAAUUCAAACAAGAUCAACAUAAAAUUCCUGAACGGGCUUCUGUUAAAAACCACUUGAGAAAGGAAGCAGAGC